AAAUUUUUUUUCAUAAUUAGGAAAAAUUACGUGUUAUCAAUAUUUAGAAUUAAUUGCUUAUUGAGGUUACACAAAUAAAGUUGCAAGAGUCGUUUGAAUUUCCCGCUCGAUUCAAAUGGGGGAACAUGGCGCAGGUGCUUGCAUGCUGAAAAGAACGAUGUUACAUAAAUUCAACAUGGCUAAUCCUGCAUUUAUUUUGGAUAAUGGAGCAUACACAGCAAAAAUUGGACUUUCCACAGAAAAUCCCAAGGUAGUUCCUAAUUGUAUAAUGAAGGCAAAAAGUGAACGCAGAAGACCAUUCAUAGGAAGUCAAAUAGAAGAAUGUAGAGAUGCAUCUGGAUUAUUUUAUAUUUUGCCAUUUCAAAAAGGAUAUCUUGUCAAUUGGGAUAUUCAAAAAACUGUUUGGGAUUAUAUAUUUUCUAAAGAAUGUUGUCCAGUUAAUUUAAAUCAACUUUCUGUCAUAAUAACAGAACCACUAUUUAAUUUUGCAAGCAUUCAAGAAGCCAUGACUGAAAUAUUUUUUGAAGAAUAUGAAUGUCAAAGUCUUCUCAGGGUUAAUACCAGUAGUCUUUCAUGCUAUAAUUAUAGGAGUGAAAAGCCUGGUACCAAAUGUUGUAUAAUAGUCGAUAGUGGAUAUAGUUUUACACAUAUUGUUCCUUACAUAAAUGGUAGUAAAAUUAAGGACGGUAUAAGAAGAAUAGAUGUGGGUGGCAAACUUCUUACUAAUCAUUUGAAAGAAAUAAUAUCUUAUCGUCAGUUACACGUUAUGGAUGAAACAUAUGUAAUAAAUCAAGCAAAAGAAGAUUCUUGCUUUGUAUCGCAAGAUUUUUACAAAGAUAUGGAAUCUGCUAAAAAAAAGUUAGAGAAUAAUGAUAUCGUCAAGGAUUACGUUUUGCCAGAUUAUACAACAUUGCGACGUGGUUUUCUUAAAAAUCCAGAAGUUUCUAAUGAACAGCAAGCAGUUCGUUUGAGUAACGAACGUUUUGCUAUACCUGAAAUUCUUUUUCAUCCAUCUGAUGUUGGUAUUCGACAAAUGGGUAUACCUGAGGCUAUCAUAGAUUGCUUGAAAGCUUGCGAUGAAGAAACAUGGCCACACCUUUUAUCUAACAUAGUACUAACUGGUGGAAAUGCCAAAUUUCCAGGUUUUCGAGAUAGAGUUUAUAAAGAAGUUAGAAGUCUUGCAUCAUUUGAUUAUACGAUUAAUGUUUAUUCACCAGAGAAUCCGAUCACUUAUGCAUGGUAUGGUGGAAAAACGCUAUCAAAAGAUGCAAUAUUUCCUAGUCUUCUUGUGACAAGAGAAGAGUAUGAAGAGGAAGGACAAUCACAUUGUUUUGAAAGAUUUGAUGUUUAAUAAAAUUGUUUAAAUAAAAAGAAAAAUAAUAUUUUUA